AUGCCAUCUGGGGAUGUGGUCCUAGGAGAAACCUGGACAGUGAAAGAAUCUACCUCUCAGCAACAUGCAAUUAUUGGCAGAUUCAGGAAACUUGCCAAAUCCACUCUGGUCCUGGUUCUGGUCUUUGGAGUGCAUUACAUCGUAUUCAUUUGCCAGCCUCACUCCUUCACUGGGCUCUGGUGGGAGAUCCGCAUGCACUGUGAGCUCUUCUUCAACUCCUUUCAGGGUUUCUUUGUGUCUGUCAUCUACUGCUACUGCAAUGGAGAGGUUCAGGCUGAGGUGAAGAAGAUGCGGAGUCGGUGGAAUCUAUCCGUGGACUGGAAAAGGACGCCACCUUGUGGCAGCCAUAGAUAUGGUGGCUCAGUGCUCACCACUGUGACUCACAGCACCAGUAGCCAGUCCCAAGCCGGGGCCAGCACUCGCCUGGUGUUCAUCUCUGGCAAAUCUGCCAAGACUGCCAGCAGACAGCCUGACAGCCACAUGACUUUGCCUGGUUAUGUCUGGAGCAGCUCAGAGCAGGACUGCCUGCCACACUUCAUCCAGGAGGAGACCAAGGAAGCGCCUGAGAAAAAGGGAGAUGACAUUCUGUUGGAAGAGUCUUCCAGGCCAUUGGCAUUCACCCUUGACACUGAGCGAUGCAAAGGAGAAACUGAGGAUGUUAUCUAA